AUGUCAGUUGAUUUCAGUGGAUGUGGCGAUGGAAGCGGAGACGUCAGAUUAGACUCACUCAAUUCGAUUUUCGAAGUCGAUUACUACGAAUCUUUACCGUAUCAAGAAGCUGAGAAAUUUUGCCUGGUCAUUGGAGGAAGUCUUCUUGAAAAGCACGCAAGGAUCUUUCCGUUUGAUCUUUGGCUUCCUAGAAAACAGGGACUUUGUUAUAAAUAUCUGGCUUAUGGUUCUGGAGAGAUUUUAGGUGAUUGUACUGAAAGCGUCAAAUUCGCCUGCAAAAAGCAAAAAUGCCAUCUUCUUUCUUUCGAAGAAAAAGACGGUUUUUACGAAAUCCUUUUCGACGAAAAUUGCCGCGAUCAAUUUUUUAAUUUUGUGAAAAAAGAAGAAUUUUUUAUUCUCGACUCCAGAACCGGCAGCAGAACCCAGAUAAAAGAGAGUUUAACGCGGUACUGGCCUGACGAUCAGACCCAGCCUGUAAAUAUCAUUGUGAAACAUGAGAUCAAGCUUGACGGCAGAAAAUAUAGUUUGAUUGAUGACUUUGCCAUCAAAUCGCAAUCAAAGAAGAGAAAACGAAGAUCAUUUUCUCCAGCCCGCUCGUCAUCUUCCACAAAUUUAUUUAUUUCCAAAAUUUAUAAGAAAUACGACGAGCUGAUGGAAAAAUUAAAGAAGAAGGAUUUGGAAAUUUCGGAUCUGAACAACAAACUGCAAUCUUACAAAGUGGAUUCAAAAAUGAAGACGGAAAUGAUCGGCAAAAAUAAGGACGCGAUAAUUCGAGAUCUCCGAAGUGCUCUCAAAGAUGCAAUGGAAUCAAAAGGAGAUCACCUGAAUCACGUGGAUCUUCUAAGUGAAUCAAAGAAAAAAAUCGUUAAUCUGCAAAAUCAGCUGAAGGAGAAUUCAAGAGCGGCAAAGUACAAGGAAACGAAUAUUGAAGCGCAAAAUGCAAGCCUCAAAAAAGAGAUUCAGAAAUUGAACGAAGAGCAACAACAAAAGUGCGUCCGCGAAGUUGAGUUGAAGAAACAACUUUUGGAAAGUCAAAAUGAGGAAAAAAUUUUGAAGACUCAACUGAACAAUCAAAGAAUGGACCUUCUUUCUUUACAGAAGAAAUUCGAGCGACAGAAAGCGACGCUGAUGAUAAGUGAGGAAGCGGAGAAGUACAGAAUGAAGCACAAGAGAAAAGAGACGGAGAUUGAAGCGGAAAAUGCAAUCUUGAAAAAAGGAGUUCAGAUACUGAAAGAAAAGCAACAAGAACAGUCCGCCCUUGAAGAAGAUUUGAAAAAGCAACUUUCGGAAAGUCAGAAUGAAAAAGAAACUCUGAAGGCAAAGCUCGGAGAAAAGGAAAAGGAAGAAACUCAAAAGAAGGCCGAGUCGAAAGCGCGAAGAGUUCUGUCCUUCCAAAAACAAGAGCUCGUCGAUCUUAAAAGUCAAGUGCAAGAUCAGACUUCUGAAAUCGAUGAGCUGAAAUUGAAGGUUCAAGAGCUGGAGUUGGAGAAUGAAAAACUGACUGGUCUCGCUGGAAAAAGUGAAAGAAAGUUGCGCAUGAAGAUAAUGAAGAUUGCGAAGAUUUGUGAAGAAUGA